AUGGAGACCUCGAAGGCAACUGAACUCUGCUUUCCACAGCUCCUCAACAAAUCCUGUGUCAAGUCACAGCGUCCUCAGUUUGAGGCCAUGCUGACUUACGUUGUACUGUUCUCCAUCUCUCUGCUCAGUGCAUUUCUCAACCUGCUGGUCAUCAUCUCUGUCUCCCACUUCAAGCAGCUCCACACCCCUACGAACCUCCUCAUCCUCUCUUUGGCUGUCUCAGAUUUCUUCAUGGGCCUCCUCAUGUUGUUUCAAAUUAUGCUCAUAGACGGCUGCUGGUACCUUGGUGAUCUCAUGUGUGCUGUGUAUCAGUAUGCAGACUACGUUAUUACUUCUACAUCAGUAGGAAACAUGGUUCUUAUAUCUGUUGACCGCUAUGUGGCCAUUUGUGAUCCUCUGCAUUAUUCCACCAAAAUCACACAAAAAAGAGUUAAGAUCUGGGUUAGUCUGUGUUGGAUAUGUUCAGUAAUCUUUCAGAGUCAGAUUCUGAAUGAUGUUCUGGAACAACCAGGCAGGUUUAACUCCUGCUUUGGAGAGUGUUUCAUUGUCAUUAACUACAUUGCUGGACUUGCAGAUCUUAUUUUUUCUUUUAUUGCUCCCAUUACUCUUAUUGUAGUUCUGUAUAUGAGAGUGUUUAUGGUGGCUGUGUCUCAGGCUCGUGCCAUGAGGUCUCACAUUUCAGCUGUCACACUCCAGGGUUCAGUGAAAGUAACUACUAAAAAAUCUGAGCUGAAAGCUGCCGGAACUCUGGGUGUCGUUGUUCUUGUGUUUUUAAUAUGUCUCUGUCCAUAUUAUUGUGUUGCUCUUACAGGCCAAGAUAACAUGUUGAAUGCUUCCUCUGCUGCCUUUGUGAUAUGUUUGUACUAUAUUAACGCCUGUCUAAACCCUCUGAUCUAUGCCUUUUUUUACUCCUGGUUUAGAAAAUCAGUUAAACUCAUUGCUACACUUAAGAUACUGCAGCCCAACUCUUGUGAUGCCAACAUGCUGUAG